AUGGGCCUUCUUGACAGUGCUUACCUAAACCGAAUGUUAGAAUCAAUGCGUCUCUUUGAAAGUAUUUGCAAUUCUAGAUGGUUCAUAAAUACUUCAAUGAUUGUUUUUCUCAACAAGACAGAUUUAUUUAUCGAAAAAAUUAAAAGGAAAACAAUUAAAGUUUGCUUCAAUGAUUAUAAAGGUUCUGACUCUUACGAAGAACAAGUAAAAUUUAUCGAGGAAAAAUUCGAAGCAUUGAAUGCGAAUCCUGACAAAACCCUUUAUAUGCAUCAAACUUGUGCUACUGAUACUAAUCAAGUGCAACUCAUUCUUGAUUCUGUCAUCGACUUGAUUAUUCAAAAUAAUCUGCAGGGAUGUGGUUUAUACUAA